AUGGAGAAAAAUGAAGAGACAGGUAGCCCUGGUUGGAGUGCUUCAUUCUUCAUGCAGACAACUGAAGAUGUUGCUCGAGCUGUUGCUGCAGCUGCAACUACUGUUCGUUCUUCACGGCCAUCAGUUGUUUUUUCAUCGAAGGAUGACAGUGGUAGUCAACUUCAGAAACUUCAGAGCCAAUUUUCUAGAGUGCUGAAAGGCUUCUCAAGUCCUCCUGAAGUGAAAAGUGGAACUUACAAUCCAGAAAUCCUAACUAGCCAAAAACGUCAAUGGACAAGCUUUCAGUUGCAGUCCUUGGAUAAUAGAAUUUUCAGUAAACCAUCAAGGCUUCUUGAGAGUGUGGUAGUGGCUGGACUUCAUCCGAACUGUGAUCUUCAGACACUUCACAAGCAAUACUUUGGUAGAAAGUCUGAAGGUUCAGGUAGAUUUCGAAGUGCGCUUAGUGGUCAAUAUCAGUCACGUGUAGAACCGAAUAUUGAGCCACAGGUCUUAUUUGUUUACCCUCCUGAAAAGCAGCUGCCUCUUAAUUAUAAGGAUCUUCUUUCAUUCUGUUUUCCUGGAGGCAUAGAGGUUCAUGCCGUUGAGAGAACUCCAUCAAUGAGUGAAUUGAAUGAAAUACUUCUUGGACAGGAACAUCUUAAACAAAGUGAUCUGUCCUUUGUAUUCCGGUUGCAGGAGAGGAUAUUAAAUAUGGAGAAAAAUGAAGAGACAGGUAGCCCUGGUUGGAGUGCUUCAUUCUUCAUGCAGACAACUGAAGAUGUUGCUCGAGCUGUUGCUGCAGCUGCAACUACUGUUCGUUCUUCACGGCCAUCAGUUGUUUUUUCAUCGAAGGAUGACAGUGGUAGUCAACUUCAGAAACUUCAGAGCCAAUUUUCUAGAGUGCUGAAAGGCUUCUCAAGUCCUCCUGAAGUGAAAAGUGGAACUUACAAUCCAGAAAUCCUAACUAGCCAAAAACGUCAAUGGACAAGCUUUCAGUUGCAGUCCUUGGAUAAUAGAAUUUUCAGUAAACCAUCAAGGCUUCUUGAGAGUGUGGUAGUGGCUGGACUUCAUCCGAACUGUGAUCUUCAGACACUUCACAAGCAAUACUUUGGUAGAAAGUCUGAAGGUUCAGGUAGAUUUCGAAGUGCGCUUAGUGGUCAAUAUCAGUCACGUGUAGAACCGAAUAUUGAGCCACAGGUCUUAUUUGUUUACCCUCCUGAAAAGCAGCUGCCUCUUAAUUAUAAGGAUCUUCUUUCAUUCUGUUUUCCUGGAGGCAUAGAGGUUCAUGCCGUUGAGAGAACUCCAUCAAUGAGUGAAUUGAAUGAAAUACUUCUUGGACAGGAACAUCUUAAACAAAGUGAUCUGUCCUUUGUAUUCCGGUUGCAGGAGAGGAUAUUAAAUAUGGAGAAAAAUGAAGAGACAGGUAGCCCUGGUUGGAGUGCUUCAUUCUUCAUGCAGACAACUGAAGAUGUUGCUCGAGCUGUUGCUGCAGCUGCAACUACUGUUCGUUCUUCACGGCCAUCAGUUGUUUUUUCAUCGAAGGAUGACAGUGGUAGUCAACUUCAGAAACUUCAGAGCCAAUUUUCUAGAGUGCUGAAAGGCUUCUCAAGUCCUCCUGAAGUGAAAAGUGGAACUUACAAUCCAGAAAUCCUAACUAGCCAAAAACGUCAAUGGACAAGCUUUCAGUUGCAGUCCUUGGAUAAUAGAAUUUUCAGUAAACCAUCAAGGCUUCUUGAGAGUGUGGUAGUGGCUGGACUUCAUCCGAACUGUGAUCUUCAGACACUUCACAAGCAAUACUUUGGUAGAAAGUCUGAAGGUUCAGGUAGAUUUCGAAGUGCGCUUAGUGGUCAAUAUCAGUCACGUGUAGAACCGAAUAUUGAGCCACAGGUCUUAUUUGUUUACCCUCCUGAAAAGCAGCUGCCUCUUAAUUAUAAGGAUCUUCUUUCAUUCUGUUUUCCUGGAGGCAUAGAGGUUCAUGCCGUUGAGAGAACUCCAUCAAUGAGUGAAUUGAAUGAAAUACUUCUUGGACAGGAACAUCUUAAACAAAGUGAUCUGUCCUUUGUAUUCCGGUUGCAGGAGAGGAUAUUAAAUAUGGAGAAAAAUGAAGAGACAGGUAGCCCUGGUUGGAGUGCUUCAUUCUUCAUGCAGACAACUGAAGAUGUUGCUCGAGCUGUUGCUGCAGCUGCAACUACUGUUCGUUCUUCACGGCCAUCAGUUGUUUUUUCAUCGAAGGAUGACAGUGGUAGUCAACUUCAGAAACUUCAGAGCCAAUUUUCUAGAGUGCUGAAAGGCUUCUCAAGUCCUCCUGAAGUGAAAAGUGGAACUUACAAUCCAGAAAUCCUAACUAGCCAAAAACGUCAAUGGACAAGCUUUCAGUUGCAGUCCUUGGAUAAUAGAAUUUUCAGUAAACCAUCAAGGCUUCUUGAGAGUGUGGUAGUGGCUGGACUUCAUCCGAACUGUGAUCUUCAGACACUUCACAAGCAAUACUUUGGUAGAAAGUCUGAAGGUUCAGGUAGAUUUCGAAGUGCGCUUAGUGGUCAAUAUCAGUCACGUGUAGAACCGAAUAUUGAGCCACAGACCCGGCGGCUUCAAUGGGCAGAGCGACUCACAGUCACAGGCAGUUAUGCAGCUGGGACUGUUUAUGCUGUAUAG